UUCUCCUUCUUAAUAUUGUUAGUCAUGGAUGGUAAGGAUAGCAAAAAGGAACAAGUUGAUGAUAAAGGAACCUUCCAAGAGUCAGCUGGCAACAAUUCAUCAUCAACCAAUCCUGCUAAUUUAGUACCUCAAGUCACUCCUACAAGACUAAUAUCUGGUAGAACUGGGAAGAGAAAGUUACAAUCAGUUACACCUCCUCAUGAACUUUCUUUAGAUGAUAAAUCAGGUUCCUCAAAACGAAGACGUAGUACAUCAUCAUUGUUAAUGUCACCUCCUACCAGUACAUUCAAACCAUUACUGACUGAAAGACAGCAGCUAGCACUACUGAAGCAAAUGAAUGAUGUUAAUACUAGCCCAGGUGAGGCCAGCAGUGUAGGAUCUCAUAGUGUGGAGUCAUCUCCAAGAGACACGCCCACUAAAAGUAGAGUACACAAGAGGAAUGAGAGAGGGGAGACUCUUCUUCAUUUGGCUUGUAUUCGUGGGGACAGGUCAAGCGUGGUAUCAUUAUUGGAACAAGGAGCUGAUCCUAACAGUACUGACUAUGCAGGUUGGACCCCUUUACAUGAAGCAUGUAAUCAUGGACAUGUUGAUAUUGUAUCUAUAUUACUGGAUAAUGAUGUUCUAAUUAAUGCCCCUGGCAUGGGAGGAGACACUCCUUUGCAUGAUGCUGUGAUGAACUCUCACUUAAAGGUUGUUCAAUUGCUGUUAGAUAAAGGAGCUAAUGCCAGUAUACCCAAUACACACAAUAAAACUCCAUUGGACCUCUGUACUGAUGAGCAUGUUCGGAACUUAUUGAUCAAGUUUCUAGAUAAUGCUCCUCCAACAACACCAAGCAAUGUGAAUGGAAAUAAAAGAGAUGACAAAUUGCCACACCCACUUUUUGUAUCCCAGACCCCUCCCUCUCAUAAUAUCUCUCGUCGGCGUCCAAGACGACAGGGCAACAGUUUUGUCAUGACUCCACCCACCAGUCAGGUUACAAAGAAAAAGAGUUCUUCUGAGAGUGUUCAUGAUAAUCAAUCUCCUGGAAAUAAGGAAGCGGGAGGAGCUGUGAGGUCACACCCAUUGAAACCAGUUCAGUUGAAAUUAGAAACAAAUGGAGAGAGCUUUGAAAAUAAUGAGAAUAAUACUUCUGAUGAUAAUAAUAAUAAUGAUAAUAUUGAUGGUGUAUUAAUUACUGAAUCCACUACCGGUAGUCAGUCAAAUGCAUGUACUGAUUCUGUCAUACAUGUAUCUACCAAUGACCAGUCUACCACAGAAUCUACUGUUGACCAGUCUACCACUGAGCAGCCUACCGUUGUCCAGUCUACUAUAGAGCAGCCUCCUAUUGUCCAGUCUACCAUUGACCAGUCUACCAAUAACCAGUCUACCAUUGACCAGUCUACGACUAAUCAGUCUACCAUUAACCGGCCUUCCAUUGACCAGUCACAAAGUGUCAGUAUCACAAUGCCAGUAAUUGUUCAUGAUAAUAAUAAUACUGAUGAUGGUGAUGACAAUACUGAAGAUGAUGUGUUUCAAGUCGAAGCUCCUGCUAAACUGGGCCCUGAAGAACGUUCACCAGAAGGUCUCUCUAGUCCAAUGGAUACAGUGGAAUCAAUGGAUGUAUCACUGUCUGUAUUACAGUCUGGAGUGGGUGGAUCCAAUGCCACUGUUGAUCGAUCCUUCAAUUCACUGGAAGACCAGUCGACAGUGGAUCAACCAGAGUCUCAAACUCAGUCUCCAAAAAACGGAUCUCAAUCUCCUGUGACUGGAUCUCAAUCUCCUACUGAUGCAAGCCAGUCUCCUAAAGAGUCUUUUUCUGAUGAAAGUAAGUUCCCAGUGGAUGCCACUGGUUGUAAGGAUCAGGCAGUAUCCAGUCUUAUUGUUAAUAUUUCAAUUGAUAAAGUUCAUUUGCUCACAUCAACCGAUUCUAAUCGUACCUGCCCCCUUAGCCCCUCUGAUGCUGGGUCUGGUAAUAUUGAUACAGAUGUGUGUAGCCUCUCCAUUACUAGUGGGGGUGUAUCUAAUGUUAAGGACAUUGAUGAUCCUAAUCAAGGGGAUGAUUUGAAGAAAGGUGGAGCAAGCAGUGAUGAUAAAGCAGUACAAGAUACCAUGACUUUGUUGCCAGAUGAUGAAGACUCUAUGUCCACAGUGGUGUCAUUCUCAACCUCACUUCCUCUCGUUUUCAGUUCUCGAGCCUCCUCGCGGUCUCAGAGUCCGGCUCCAUCUUUAUCUCCAAUGGCAACUGACCACACUCCUUUAACAGCCACACCCACUCCAUCAACAUUGUUAAUUAAUUCACUCAAGUCUGGGUUACCGCUGCGUAGAGGGAGAUCUGAAGAACCUCCAUCAUCAAAUUAUAAAUCAGCUCAUUUCUCAGAUGGGAGACAUCAACUAAAGUCUCCUCCAUCAAUUGCUGUCGCAUCUUCUUCUAUGGUAAAGUCUCCGCCCCCCGUAGCUGAAAGUGAAAGAUCAGUUGAUGAUAAAAGUACUAAAAAAGAGUCCAAUCAAGUUUUACCAGUUAAGAAGAGGAUCAUGAAUAAAGUGUACAAGUCAAGGAUCAUACAACAAAGGAAGGAAUAUGCUGCUAAUCCUCCUCCUUUUCCAGCCCCUCCAUUCAAUUUUAACACUUUUAUGAUUACUAAUAAACAAUACCAGAUUAAUACAACAUUGAAAGAACAGCAGCAAUCUGACCCUAAGUCGGUCUAUCCUCCAUUAUCAUCUUGUUGUGUUGAUUUAUUUGUGGAACAAGAUAUGGAGAGAAUUAAAUUAUUAACUUCUCAUUUAACUGAAGUGGAUCAUUUAUUAAUAUCAUUUGAGCAGGAAAUUUUACGUGCAAAUGAUAAAAUACGCAACCCAACAUUGUUGAGUAAUCACAGUCUUUGCUCCGUGUUGAUAGAGAGACUCCUCCCACAGACAAACACAGACGACCAAUCAAAUUCUCCUGCUGCUCCAUCGGAUUUUAAAGGAGGUCUGGUUGAUGCUACCAAAGAUGAGAGGCUAUUAACUGGGUAUGUACAGGACGUGUGGGACAGGUUUCAUAAGGAAGCCUUAUUAAUAGCUGAGAGACAGAAACUGGAGGUAGAGACACUAUGGACUCUACAGACUAACCAAUGGAAACAAAGGAUUGAAAAGUGUACAGGUGAAGUGUUGUCUGUUUCUGAGAUACCAGCCAGUCAUGUUCCAUUCACUCAUACUAGAAUAAUAUCAAACUAUAAACCACAUGCUUGCUAACUAUAACAUCGACAGUUGCAUCAUGUUGUUUCAUUAUACAUGAUAAUAUUAAUGAUGAUAAUGAUUAAUAAUUACUCUGUUUGUGCUUGACUAAAAGGAAGAAAAUAUGGUUCUUUUAUACCAUUCUAACCAACCAUAA